AUGAGUUCCAACGAUCUACGCGAUGUACUCAACCUACCCGACAGCAGCUCUGCAUCUGGCACUCCAGGCGGCAGCCACAGGCCAUCCAAGAAACAGCGCCUGUCCGCGCCGCGAUCGAAUCUCAAAGGCCUAGCGCGUGAGGUGCAGAGCCUGGGCGGAGACAACCCGAUUGCGAUUGUACCAGAGGUGUCCAGCUUCAAGAAGCGGCGGCUUGCGAAUCGAAAGCCCGCUGCCCGAUGGGACCUUGCGCCGUUUCGAAACUCGGCGCGCGACGACCCGAGUCUGAUGUUGCGGCACUGGAGGAGACGAGACGGACAGCAUGGACUGCAGCAGCAGGAACAACAACAACACGGCACAAAUGCAGACGCAAGCGCGCAACCGACGACGGAGCAGAACGGAGCGCAGGUGAAACAGGAGGGUGACAACGAGAUUGAGGACUCGGCGUUUGCAAAGUUCAACGUGCGACCGAGCAUACCACAGUACACGGAUGAGCAAUACAAGACACACCUCAAGAGCGACGACUGGUCCAAGGAAGAGACGGACUACCUGAUGGAGCUCGUGACCGACUUUGACGUGCGAUGGCCUCUGAUCUGGGACCGGUACGAGUGGAACCCACCAGCCACCAACGGCGUGGCGGAUGCGGAUGGCGACGAGAGCAAGGCGGUUGUGCCAAAGCAGGAAGCUCGCUCGAUGGAGGACCUGAAAUCGAGAUACUACGAGAUUGCGGCGAAGAUGAUGGCGGCCCAAAAGCCAAUUCAUGUCAUGUCACAAGCCGAGUUUGAGCUCCACGAGAUGAUGUUACAUUUCAACGCACAGCAAGAGAAGGCGCGCAAGGACUUUGCCCUCAACGCUCUGAAAAGAUCACGGGAAGAAGCGCGCGAAGAAGAGUCGCUGCUGCUCGAGGUCAAGCGCAUACUAGCGCGGAGCGAGCGUUUCAACGAAGAGCGACGGGAGCUAUACAACCGCCUUGACUUUCCCCAGUCCGAGCAGGACAUUAGCAGCAUCAAGACGUCCCAGGGCUUGCAGAACCUGCUACAACAGCUCAUGGCAGCCGACAAGAACAAGAAGCGAAGGUCACUCAUGGGCGCGGACAAUGCUCAUCCGGCCAACGCAGCCGCCGCCGCGGCAGCUGCUCAGGCCCAAGCCCAGGCGCAAGCGCAAGCACAAGCUCAGGAGAGCAGCCGGCGCGAGAGCACUGUGGCCUCGACGGGCGCGACAUCUACGCCUACAGGAGGCAAGAAGAAGGGCAAUCAACAAGCCGAGCGACCCAAGCUCACGGAGAAGGAAGAGCAGGUCUAUGGCGUAUCACAUCACGACCGUCUCACUUCAGGGCCUGUUUUCAGGUCCGAGAAGAUCAACAAGAUGUUUACGCACAAGUCAAAUCAGCAGCAACAGCGGAUCAACAAUGUCCUGCUCGAGCUGGACAUUCCUCCCAAGCUUGUCAUGCCCACGGUUGCCACCACGCAACAGUUUGAGCAGCUCUUUGCGGCCGUCAAUGCGCUCCUGGAUGCUCGGAAGGUGGCGGACAAGCUGGAUACGGAGCUCAAGCUCGAGCAGGCCAAGAAAGCGGAACGAGAGGCCAAAGAAUCUUCCAAUCAUGGCGAGGAGGACCCAGCUCAGGACAAGUCCAACCCUGACAUGCCAGUCACCAAGGGCGACGAGUCGGCGUCCAAAGAGGACAACGCCGAGACCGGCACCACGAGCGAGGCACAAGAAACGACGGAACCGGCGGCUGAUCCCAACGGCGAGGAGCCUGGUACACAGGACCCAGUGGAAGGCGAGGGGAGCAAAGAAGCGGCCGCUGAAGAGAGCAGCGGAGGACCGCACAAGCGCAGUGCCAGUGUCUUGAGCACGACGAGCGACAAAAGUGCCAAGCGCCAGAAGAAGUGA